CACCCACCCAUAAUUCAGUUCCCUGAACUGGUCUGAAGUCGAGCAGGCUUGUCAGAUGCGCAAGCCUUCUCCGCGUUAGCUACGACAGUAAUUUCGAAUCCCUGGAAUAGGAAUGUUGACAUGGAGUUUCUACGAUCGCGAUUGCGUCAACGGAAACUUCCGCUGUCGCAACUCGAUCUCGCGGAACCUCCAGUUUCGCAAAGCAACGAGCGGGUUACCAGCAGCGUUCGCACACUGAGAUUCGCGAGGAAUCUGAUCCAGAGAAUACGAUGGCUGUCGUGGCGAAAUCUGAUUCUCGCAUGUUUCGCCACAUUUCUCCUUAUUUACGUGAUCCGCUUGUUCAUAUGGGAUAGCUCCUGGGGAUGCGAUCGCCUACCAAUGGUCUCUGCCGCCAACUGCUGGUGGAGCGAGCCCAAGGACGUCAAGGCCCACUUCAUCUACGUCUACGAGCUGCCCAGACGUUUCAAUGGCGACCUGACGGACCGCCUCACCUCACACCACCUCUCCGACUUCCACUUAGACAGCCUCCUUUUCAGGGCCCUCCAGCGGUCCAACAUCCACCGCACAGUGGACCCCGAGGCCGCCUCGCUCUUCUUCCUCCCCGUGCUGCCCAUGCUGCACCUCGCUAUGCGCCUCCCGUCCCUCCAACCCCCCUCCCUUACCUUGGCCGCCGCCGCAGCAGGGGCAGGGGCAGGGGCAGGGGCAGGGGAAUGGGGGGCAGCAGCAGGGGUUGGAGCAGGGGCAGCAGCCAAGGGGCUUGAGCUGUCGCUGGAGCAUUGGGAGGCUUUGUCAGAUACUGGGCGCUAUGUGGGGGAGGCGCUACUUUAUGUGCAGUCACAUUACCCCUACUGGCGCCGCAGCGGGGGCAGCGACCACUUCAUCAUAGCAUCACACCCUUUCGGCCGAUGCGGCAUUCUCCCCUUUGUGAGCCCCUCUGUGCUCGGCUCUCUCUUCACCCUCCAGCCCUCCGCCUACCCUGACCUCCUCUUCCGCUCCGUCCUCCACCUCAGCCCCUCCGCUGCUGCUGCCAGCAGAAUAAGAGCCGCAGCUGCAGCCAGCAGCAAGCACACUGCUUCUACUGCCGCUGCUGCUGCUGCUGCCAGUAGGUUGAGAGCUGCUCUCGGUAGGAAGAAGCAGCAGCAGGGGCAGCAGGAGGAGGGAGAGAGGGCCGAGGGCAAUAAGCGGCAGGGGCUAGCAGGGAGAAAGGAGCCGAAUAAGCAGCAGGGGCAAAAUGGGGAGAGAAGGGGAGGGGGAAGUGGGAGGGGGGGGCAGGAAAGAGGGGGGGGAGAGAGGAGGGGAGGCUUGGGGAGGUUGAAGGGGAGGAAGCAGCCAGAAGCUGUGGAGAUUGACGAGGGCAUGCACUGCGCACUAUACGGCCACGACGUCGUCAUCCCCCCUCUCCUCCCCCUCACCCCCCCCAUCCCCCCUGAUGUGCGCAACCGCUCCACUCCCGUGCUCGUGCUCCUCGGCCCCCCUGCCUCUCCUUUCCACGCCAAGGGUAUCUUGAAUGGGGGCCUUUCGAGGCGCCUUUUAGGUGAAGGCAUGGGCACGCGAUUAGGAGGAGGUGGCAAUGGUGAUAGGGGUGGUCUUUGGAAAGAGGCAGAAGCAGAUGAUGCUGUGGCAGCUGGGGAGUCAAUUUCUGAGGCGCCUAAGAAAUAUACAAGGCGUAGCUCAGGUGAAGGCAUGGGCACGCGGGGAGGAGGGGGUGGCAAUGGUGAUAGGGGUGGUCUUUGGAAAGAGGCAGAGGCAGAUGAUGCUGUGGCAGCUGCGGGCGGAGCAACAGGGGAGGCGGUGGGUGAAGCGGGAGGUUGGAGGGGAAACGUGACGAGGGUUGGUUCCGUUGAGGGGCGAAGGGGGGCCAAAGAGGGCCAAGGGAUGGGCGCAGCAGGGAUGGGCGCAGCAGGGAUGGGCGCAGCAGGGAAUCUGAUGGGCGAAAGUGGCAUGGCAGGGAGUGGCAUGGGCGCAGCAGGCAUGGGGGGAGCAGGAAGUGGUUUUGACCGGGAGACAGUGCGAGGGGCGUUCAUGGAGAUGGUGGGAGUGAGCAACCCCAAGGGAUGGGCCAUGCUGCAGCUAACCCCCGAUGCUGCCAGGGAGGCCAUGCAGGAUGCAGUGUUCUGCGUGUGUCUGCCGGACGCCUCGCACUGGCUUGAGAUCGUGUGCAUGGCUCAAGCUGUGCUCAACGGCUGCAUCCCAGUCACCUUCUUCCAUCACUACCAGCACCCCUGGCUGCACUCUCUACCAUUCAGUGCCUUUUCUCUCAACAUUGACCCCAUGGACGUGCACGAGACGGCAAUGAGGCUCGACGUGAUGCUUGUAGAUAUGAGCCUGCUAUGGCGCAUGCAGACCGAGCUCCACUCGGUGCAGCAGAGGUUGCUCUAUAACGAGUCCGCCCCUAUCAGUGCUGUUGACCAGGUUUUUACAGCUCUGCAAAACAAAGCUAGCAUGAUUGUGUAUGGACAACCAUUAUGGAAUACUGAAUGAUUCUACAACCAUAUUCCAAGGGCCUUCUGAGAUUUUACAACAUGUAG